AUGACCACGUUUGACAACAUCCUGGAGGAGGCCGGGCCCUUCGGACGCUGUCAGAAGCGGAUCUUCGCCCUGCUUUGCCUGGUUUCUCUGCCGUUCGCGGGGGUCUACGUGGGGAUCGUGUUCCAGGGCUUCACCCCGGACCACUGGUGCCGGGUUCCUGCCGUGGUGGACCGGAGGCAGACCUGUGGGUGGACUCCGGGGGAAGGUCAGCGGUGGACGGCGCCUCUGGUCAACAUCUCCGGGGAACUGAAACCCAGCAGCUGUGAGCGGUACGACCUGGACUGGAACACCACCGAUCUGACAUGUGACCCAGAGGACUUGGACCUGGACCUGACCGGGGUUAAGGCCACCACGUGUAAGGACGGCUGGGAGUAUGAUUAUGAAGGAAGGAACUCUUUUGUCACAGAGUUUGACCUGGUGUGUUCUGACGGAUGGCUGGUGGACAUGUUCCAGUCCACUCUGAACGUGGGCUUCCUCAUCGGCAGCUUCGCUUUCGGAUACUUAGCCGACAGGUUUGGGCGGAGGCUGAGUUUCCUGGUGUCCAACGUCAUCAAUGUGACCUCUGGGAUGGUGGUGGCUCUGGCUCCAAACUACAUCUCCAUCCUGGUCUUCAGGGGCGUCUUCGGCUUCGCUGUCAAAGGAGGAUGGAUGACCUGCUAUGUGCUGAUGACGGAGGUGGUUGGGAAGGAGUACAGGAGGACUGUGGGUAUUUUAUUCCAGAUGUUGUUCAGCGUGGGGAACCUCAUCCUUCCUCUUCUGGCCUAUUUCAUCACUGACUGGCGCUGGAUGCAGGUCACCUUCGCUGCUCCCUACAUCCUGUUUGUGUCCUACUACUGGUUGGUUCCUGAGUCUCCUCGCUGGCUCCUCUCUCAGAAUAAAGCCUCCACAGCUCUGCAGAUCACUGAAGCUCUGGCCAAAGAAAACCGGCAGAAGCUGUCGGUUCCAGACCUGGAGACGCUGACUGAAGAGGGCGGUGACUCCCCGUCGGCGUCUCUGCUGGACCUCGUACGAACUCCCAACAUGAGGAAACACACCUUCAUCUUCAUGUUCAACUGGUUCACCAGCGCCGUGGUCUACCAGGGCCUGAUCAUGAGGGUGGGCAUCGCCGGGGGCAACGUCUACCUGGACUUCUUCAUCUCCGGUCUGGUGGAGUUCCCCGCCGCCUUCCUCAUCCUCUUCACCAUCGAACGCAUCGGCCGACGUCUCCCUUUCGCCACCGCCAACAUCAUAGCCGGAGUGUCGUGUCUGAUCACAGCGUUUAUUCCAGAAAGUCUGUUCUGGUUUAAGACGGUGGUGGCCUGCGUGGGGCGUCUGGGCAUAACCAUGGCCUUUGAGAUGGUGGUGUUCGUCAACACCGAACUCUACCCGACGUUCGUCAGGAACCUGGGUUUGUCGGUGUGUUCCACUCUGUGUGACGUCGGAGGCAUCGUGUCUCCGUUCCUCCUCUACAGACUGGCCAACAUCUGGCUGGAGCUGCCACUCAUCAUCUUUGGAGCUGUUGCGAUCGUCGCUGGUGGUUUGGUUUUGCUGCUUCCUGAAACUAAAGGAGUUCCUCUGCCGGAGACGAUUGACGAUAUUGAGUUCCCAAACAGGAAACAGAAUAAUCCAGUGGAGAAUCUGCAAAUGAAGAAACUGUUAAAGUCAGAGCCGACGAACAACACAGACUCAACAACUGUGUGACUGUGUGUCUGUUAAGUGUGUGUGUGUGUGUGUGUGUGUGUGUGUGUGUGUGUGUCCAGCACCUUUUCAUACUUUUUAAUAAAGCACAACUUCUUCAUUUCCUUUGUAUUUGUAGUUUUAUUUUUCAGAUUUUCCUUAACAUUCCAAAACCACAUUAUCCUGGAAAUCAAACAGUGAACAGGCUGCGAACGUGAACGCUGACGUUGGACCAGAACAGGAAACACACGUUACAAAAAUCUUCCAAAAGCGCCGCCUUCUGCGUCCUGGUGCGGCGAACGCUGCUAGUUUCAGCCGGAUCUUUAAUUGGUCGCGAUGGUUCUAUCGAUCCAGUCCACGAACUUGGAGACUCGGGCGUAGACGCCGGGUUUCAUGGCGUUGGCGCAUCCCAGACCCCAGGACGUCACGCCCUGUAGGACGUACCUGUUCUGGGCGUAACACACCAGAGGACCGCCGCUGUCGCCCUGAAACCCACAACACAACAAAGAAUAAUGACGGCCGUCUGAGUUUCAGAGUCGUUCUUUAGCCGAGAGUCUUUAGUCGCGGCAGUAGUGACGAUAUCUGACACCAGCGGAAAUGUUCUGGUGAGGAGGUGGAGUCGGUGAAACCGUUCAAGUGUAACAGAACUGGGGAUUAUUUUGACUUAAUGCGUCGUAAACAGUCACAUGACACGGAGUCAGUUUUUACAGGAAAGGAAGAUCAGUCUAUUUAUGUAAGAAAGAUAGAAAAAAGACAGAACGAACAAAGGAAGGGAAUAAAGAAAGAAGGAAAGACAAAGAA